AUGGGGUAUACACACGAAGUUCGGAAAAUUCCCAGAAAAGGUCAUUGGUCAUCGAAUAAAAAAUCAGAAAGUUUAUUACUCGACAAUUCAGAUUUAUGGAGUAAAUUUUAUUUGGUUACCAAUGAAAUGAUAAUUACAAAAAUUGGACGUUGCAUCUUUCCCUUAUUGAAAUUUAAUCCGAUCAAUCUGAAUCCUUCGACAAAAUAUUCAUUUUCGAUCGAUUUUGUUCUAGUGUCUCCAUGCAGAUUCAGAUUCAAAAAUGGAAAUUGGGUUUCAAUUGGGAUUGACAAACGAAAACAUUUGGAAAUCAAUAAUAAUCUGAUUAAAAACGGUUCACAUUGGAUGAAUUUCGGUGUUGGCUUUCCAAAAAUUAAAUUAACAAAUAGACCAAGUUUAAGUCUAUCCUCGAAAAAACAUGAUAAAUUACGUAUUAACAAUAACGACUCCAAAAUAAGCCAUAAAAAUUACAAAACCAACAAAUAUACCACUACCACCACCACCGAUAAUAAUAAUCCAACAAGAUCCGUGCUACCUGAAGGCCAUUUCUGUUUAACAUCUUUUCACAAAUAUCAACCACGUAUUUGUAUGAUCAAAUAUUCAAAUCAUGGAGAUUCCAAUGAUGAAAAAUAUUUUACUUUUGAAAAAGCCACUUUCAUAGCUGUAACACAUUAUCAAAAUGAAACUGUCAAUACCUUGAAAAAAAAUUAUAAUCCACACGCCAAAGGAUUCAAAGAAUCUGACUUCAAUAACAAUAAUACAAAUAGAUUGAAUGAUACUAAUAGACAAAGAGUUAUCAGAAGAUCUUCGUUGGAAGAAUCACUUCGUCAACGUAAAUUAAAUAGUUGCAUUUCUUUACCAAGUGUUAAACUUUAUUAUUCAUCUACAAAUAAUAAAAACACCACGACAAAAUCUUUACCAUCGCAAACACCUCCACUUUUACAUUCUUCCCCUCACCCAUCUUCUUCCUAUCAACAAAAUCAGCGACAAAAUAGUUAUUUUCCACAAAUUUCAAAUCAUUCAAAUCAAUGGAAUCAAGAAUAUUAUCAAUUGUCAACUCCAGUCACCCCAGCCACUUCCACAACACAGAACAUUCCAAUAUCAACAAAUGAUAUUACAGAUUAUUGUGAUUUCCAAUAUAUUCGUGAAAGGUAUGGCACAGAGGCCGAGAAAGAAGCUGAUUUUGUUGUGGCAGAUUGGAAUUAG